UCCCAGAUGUGGUUUUAGACUGCUCCCCAAGAGCGAAGAAGAAUUCAACUUUCGAUGAAUAACCACGAAAAGGUGGCGCUCUGUUAUUUUUUUCCGCAAAUUCGUAUCAGCUGAUGACACAUGAUAUGACCGACGGUCGAGGGAGCGCAGUCGAUGUAUUCCGACAUUCCGACUUCCUCUCUCUUCAUGGACAGUGUAUAGCCAACAACACGCUUUGGACGUGAAUAACUUUAGUUUCUUGCUUUUACAAUAUUUUUCUGUGAUUUUUGUUAGUUACUUCACGCCAAAGCGAGCAACAAGUACAAUUAAUAUAGUUAAUACAUCAAUAUUCAACAAGUUACCAUUUAAUCCAAUUGUAUCAAAAUGAGCAGCCAAAAGACAGUACCGAACGGCAUCAAGUUCCUCAUUGGUGGCACUUCAGGGUUUUACAAGAGUUGCCUCUCACGGAUUACUUAGCUGAAGAUUAUUUAUAUAGCUGAUAUUAUUACUAAUAACAAAAGAAAAGAAAUUGGAUGUGACUUUUUCAGAGUGAUGCAAUAUGUAUAUAUAUGUAUACAUAGAUACAUCUUAAUAGCACACUAUAAAUAGCCUCAUCUCUACCCUGGACAACUGCAUGGCAGCAACAUGUUUUGUACAGCCAUUGGAUUUGAUAAAAAAUCGUAUGCAGUUAAGUGGCACAAAAACCUCAACAAUAAGUGUAACAUCAUCCAUUUUAAAGAAUGAAGGUAUUUUAGCACUAUAUUCAGGUUUGUCUGCUGGUUUAAUGCGACAGGCCACAUAUACUACUACUAGACUUGGUAUAUAUACUUGGCUUAUAGAACUUACUUCGAAAGAUGCUCAACCAAGUUUUAUUGUAAAAGCUCUACUUGGCAUGACAGCUGGUUGUGUUGGAGCAUUUGUAGGUACACCUGCCGAAGUAGCUUUAAUUAGAAUGACUGCAGAUGGAAGACUGCCUAUUGCUGAUAGACGCAAUUAUAAAAAUGUGUUCGAUGCAUUAUUCCGUAUAAUUAGAGAAGAAGGUCUAUUUACCUUAUGGCGUGGUGCCAUUCCUACUAUGGGACGUGCCAUGGUUGUAAACGCAGCACAGCUGGCUUCAUAUUCACAAGCAAAACAAGCAUUAUUAGAUACAGGAUACUUUGAGGAAAACAUUGUAUUGCAUUUUGCAAGCUCUAUGAUUUCUGGUUUAGUUACCACGGCUGCAUCUAUGCCUGUUGAUAUAGCAAAAACAAGAAUACAAAACAUGAAAACGAUAAAUGGCAAACCAGAAUUUACUGGAGCUUUCGAUGUUCUCACUAAAGUGAUAAGAAAUGAAGGAUUAUUUGCAUUGUGGAAAGGAUUCUUCCCGUAUUAUGCACGCCUGGGACCUCAUACUGUUCUGACAUUUAUUUUCCUGGAACAGAUGACUUCCGCUUAUAAAACAUACCUGUAGCGUAGUUACAGCGUGCUUACAAAAAGUUAUUAACGAAAACUAUAGAUUCCAAUGAUAUCUUAAAUUUCGUUAUUACUAUGAUAUUUGUUGCCUAAAGUCUCACGUUUAUGUGAUAUAUAUUAUCAAAGAAACAUUAUUUUUAUAAGAAAUCAAGUUUUGUAAAGUAUGUGACUCUUUUGUAAAUUCUUCAUCAUGAUAAAAAGAGUAAAUGAUUAAAAGUAAUGUUUAUUGUUAACGAUCACGCACACAAUUGCAAU